AAAAAAAAACAACCCAAACGGUCCAACAACUAAAUAUAAAAUGCUUCAAAUGCCUGUAACCAAUGUAUCAGCCCUGCCCACCACACCAACUAAGUGGACAGCCAUGUUCGAGCUGGGCCGCACUCAGGCGGCGAUCAUCGCCUCCCUUCUCCUCAUCUUCCUAUCCGAUCCGACCGUCGCCUUAAAAGCAGGCCCCAUGCAGUUGGCUAGCCAGUUCUUGGCCCCCCACAAUGCAGCCCGGACGGCUCUCGGCCUGCCACCGCUAGUGUGGGACCCACGCGUAGCACGGUACGCCGAGUGGUACGCGAAUCAGAGACGUUCGGACUGUGAAUUGAAGCAUUCGAAUGGCCCAUAUGGAGAGAAUAUCUUCUGGGGGAGUGGCGAUGGGUGGACGCCGGCGCAGGCGGUGGCGGCGUGGGUGGUGGAGAGAAAGUGGUAUAAGUAUGGAUCUAACACGUGUGCAUCUGGCCAGAUGUGUGGACACUAUACUCAGAUCGUGUGGAGUAGCAGCAGGAGGCUAGGAUGCGCCAAGGUGACAUGUUUGGGUGGGAGGGGGGAUUUCAUCACUUGCAACUACGAUCCACCUGGGAAUUACAUUGGAGAAAGGCCGUAUUAGAUGGCCACAUUGUUGUAAUUAUAGCAUUUUGUGUUGCCAACCUGGCACACGUGUGUAAGAUCCUGGCCAUUCAUCAAGUGCAGGA